AUGGCCACAGAACCCUCAUCGUCCCUACCACCCGACCUUUUCGACCAAACAACAAUCAUCUCCCUCCUCUCAACGCUCGCGAUCGUCUUCGUCGCCUAUGCUGCCUCUUUGCGAUUCUUGCCCUCCGCCUCCUCGGGGACUCUCCGUUUUCUUUUCAUAUGGCAUCUCGCCGAUGCCCUGUGUCAUUUCCUCCUCGAAGGCAGUUUUUUGUACCACUGCUUCUUCUCGCACCAACCCCUCGUCGAUGAUGCGAAAACGGACCUGUUCCCAACACCUCCUGGAUUCCUAGGCUAUAGCGAUCGAGUAUAUGGUGCGCAGUCAGGUGGAGACAAUCCGUUUGCCCAGCUAUGGAUGGUAUAUGCGAGGGCUGACAAGAGAUGGGCUGGUGUCGACUUGGGGGUUGUGAGUCUGGAGUUGUUGACUGUUUUCUUUGAUGGGCCUUUAGCUGUUUAUGUGUGCUACUGCCUGACUAAGAAGGAUCCUAAGGUCAGCAUAUGGAUGAUUGUCCUGGCUACUUGUGAGCUGUACGGAGGAUUCAUGACUUUCUGUCCUGAAUGGCUCAUCGGAAGUACUAAUCUCGACACGAGUAACUUCAUGUACCUUUGGAUUUACCUAUUUUUCUUUAACACUCUGUGGGUCUGGAUUCCGCUCUGGGUUAUUUGGUACUCAGUCAAGGACAUAUCAAAUGCCUUAAAUCUGCGCCAAGGUAAGAAGACUCUCUAG